AAGAUAAUUUUACACGUGCUUUUCCUUGCGCCUGUGAGCAAUUGUCAAAAUUCAAUAUUGUAAUUGGGAAGGAAAAUCGAAUGGAGUCGCAAAUGAUACAAAAAGAAAUACGUGAAGACGAAAAAACUAACAAUUUUUGUCGUAAAAAUAGUGUCAUUGAAUUUGAAGACCCUUCACCGGGGCAAAUGUCAGACACCAACUCCGAGGACAGAGGUUCCCAAGGGGGGAAUGCAUCUCACACCACAACUGACGAGCCGGGUGAAAGUGACGAUAAAGAUGACGUCAAUGGAUUUCCAAAUCACGUGAUGAUGAAAGGGAAAUUCUCUAUAGCUUCGAUUUUGGGAAUGCAGAAACAAGAAUUACAAAAAUUAAACAAAGAUCAAUACAAAAAGUAUAUUUCAUCUCCUACGACGGAAGAAGAGCAAAACGUAAAAAACAUUUUGGACAAAACUGUACCCAACAAUGAAAAUGAGGACGAAAUUGCAAGAAAAAUCGCAAAAGUCAAAUGUUUUGCAGGCAUGCUAGGACAACAAAUGUCAGAGUACAAUCUUACUAAGAUCAACUAUCUCAAUUCUCUUUCUCCAUCUCUCAAAGAUGGGAGUCAUGAGUAUAAGAAGCAUGAAAAUACUCUAAUUCCACCAAAAUCAUUAGUAGAAAUGCGCGACGCCGAAAACGACAAAUACGCCAAAGCAUUAUACCUCUCAAAACUUAAUGGAGGAUUGGAAGUUCCAGGCCAAGAACAUGUGAACAAUUGGGCCAGUGCUUUAUAUGGGUAUUAUGGAGAAGCAGCGUUGGCUGCUGGUUCAGUAAGAUCGGAUGAAGCAAACCUGCGAAUGUGGCAAGAACUGUUGCUCAAUCACAGACCCGGAGUUGCUUCUGGAUUGACUCAUCCAUAUCCGUAUCGAGCCAGAAAUUUGUAUCUUCAAAGUAGAUGUCGAAAUCCAUUGCAAGCUUUUUAUUUACAACAACAACAGCAACAACAACAAAGAAAUUUUCAGCAAAGAAAAUUAGCGAAUUCAACCGCAUUGUUGCAGCAAAUUUGGGCGAAAGAUGCUCGCCCAAACUUUGGAGGACUGAGUCUAUUAGGUUCUGCACAACCAAAACUCUCAGGUGAAGAAGCAGCAGAAAAUCACCAGUUUUCAGAAUCUUUAGAAAGUAGAAGAACGUCUCAAACACAUGAAGAUAGAAAUUCUAUGGAAAACAUUCAGCGUAAACCAGUGUGGGACAUACCAACGACUUCAAAAUAUCAAUUCCCAUCAAGAAACUUAGCGACAAGACGGACAUCGGACGGCGAAAUAGAAAGAAAAAUCUUCACAACUUCAUCUUCCGAAAUUUCAACCUGUUCGUCAGCUUUCAGUACGGUGAAUUCAACAAAAAGCAAUGGAGAAACGAAUGUAAUAAAUUCUGCUGGAAUAAGUCGUGAAAGAUUUUCAAAAAGUCCUCCAAACCCUGGACUUGAAGGUAUAACUUCAGAGGAAAUUUGCAACAAGUUUUCACCUCGACGACCAAAUCCUAUUAAUGGAGACGCAGACUAUCUAAAGAAAUCUUUCACAAAAUUUAAUUCUCGUGCGAGUGGAUUUAUGACUGAUAAUCACAGUGAGUAUUCAAAAACCUCUCGCGUUUCCAGCACAUAUUCGUAUCAAAAUGGUCGACAAAACACUUCAUUUUUAAGUCAGAAUCAAAAACUUUCUGACAUGGAAGAAAAAACAUCCGAUUCAUUCGACGAGGCGGACAAUAAGACGGAGAAAUCUUUAGGAAGUCCAACUACAUCGCCUCCUAUGACAUCUUCGAUGUCUUCGUCGUGUGAACCUCGAAAGAAGAAAACCAGAACUGUGUUUUCUCGUACGCAAAUAUACCAACUUGAAUCAACGUUUGACAUGAAACGAUAUCUCAGCAGUUCGGAAAGAGCCAGCUUAGCUAGGAAUCUCAAUCUGACAGAAACUCAGGUCAAAAUAUGGUUUCAAAAUAGAAGAAACAAAUGGAAAAGGCAAAUCGCCACCGAUGUUGACGGUCUUGGAAUUGGGAUGUCCGCUGCGGCUGCAGUAGCCGGAGUCAUGUCUGGUGGAUCAAUGUUCGGAUCCUUAUCUAGUCACUUUCAUCCGUACUCUCAUCCUCUUCAACAACAGCCCCAUUUACAGCCUCAUCACCCCAACCCCACGGCAGCAUCGUUUUCUCACCCACAUCCCCAACAUAUGCCGAUCCAUCCAAGAAUGCGAUCUGUCAUACAUCCCGGUGCACCCUUCCCACCACAACUUCACUUUGUUGGAAAACCAAGCGGCCUCCCUUGGCCGAUGGCACAUUCAGCUGUUCCGGGUCCCAACCAUGCGCCGGAUAAUGCUAUGUUAUAUAACGUUACGAACGAUCGAAAAGUUUCACCCUUGAACAUACAGCUUCCCAUUGUUAAAAUGUCGGAUUCUUAUAACCGGGAAAGUAAAAAAUCAAUUGACGAAAGCAGACAUGAUAACACAGAAGAAGACGUAGCCGCGUCCGAUUCUGAUGUCCCAAGAAAAUUUUACAAAACGGAAUGCAAGACUUCAGACGGUGAAAAUUAGAGAUACAUGAAAUGGAUAAACACGCGUUUUCUCAUCAACAUUGUUUGUACUAUACAUUGUUUUUCUAUAUAUGUUGUAUUCAGGGGUGUUUUGUGAAAUUAUAAGUUCCAAACGUCGACUGCCGUCGUAUUUUAGCAAUCAUUUUACAUAAAGAGAAGCAAGACUAGGAACGAUAUACAACUUCGACGAAUUAUAGUUACGAUUCAAAUCGUAUAUUUUUGUAGAGAGCAAAUAGGUUCAGUAGUUAACAUUUACAAAAGAACUGCAACCAGACAGCACAACAGACAACUACUGUUUAUGAUUUUUUCAUCACUUCUCGGAAACAAGAAAAGUCAGAAUUAAUACAUAAUACAGCAUAUUAACAGUUA